CGCGGGUCCUGCGCCGCCGCGGUCGUGGCGUGCGCGCCCGAAGCCCGCCGUCGUGGAGCCGGCGGCGCGCGAGCGCGCGGCGAGCGUGGACGAGAUGGAGCGCGCGGAGGCUUUCCUCGGUCAGACGCGCCGUGGGGAGAGCCUCGUGGAUAUGUGUCUAGCGCUCACGCUGGACCUUUUGCGCGACGACACGGUGGUGACGGACGAAGGGGAGGAGGAGGUCACUAUGGCGCAGGCGAUGCGCGCUGGUGUGGUGCAGCUAAGCUUGCAUCUCCGCGGGGCGUUGCUCGCGGCGUCGGGGGUGGUUGGACCGCGGCUGUCGGACGCGGAUAUCCGUGUGCUGCUCGAAGAGGCGCCAAGGGAGACGCCGACAGAUGCGGGAGGAGAGGCGCGAGAGUGGGAGGAGCACGACGACUGGGACAAAGACACCGCCAGGCCGAGCCUGCACCAUCUCCCCCUCAUGGCGCAUCCCAGCCCGCUGCGGCUGCUGCGCGACGUGCCCCGCUUCACCGGCCUCACGCUCACAUCGCUCGACCUAGCGUUCGCGACGCUCCCGCUCGAGCGGGUGAUCGGCGUGCUGCCCGCCAGCUUGCGAGCGCUCGGGCUGGCAGGCGCGCGCGCAAGGGACUGGGAGCGCGGGCUCGGCGCGCUCGGGCGCAAGAUGCGCGUGCUGCGUACGCUCGAUGUAUCGUACUGCCCGCUUGGGGCGCGCGGGACUGUCGGGGCCCUCUUCCCGCCCCGUACUAUUGGGCCGCAACCCCUCCCGUCAUUGCGUGUUCUGGGACUGUGCGGCGCUGGCGGCGACCUCGGAGACGAAGAGGAGGCCCCGCCUAGACGCAAAGCCCUGCGAGCCGCCGUGAUCGAAGGCGCGGGUCACUGGGUCGACGUGAGGUUUGAGUGAGUACGCAGCCCCGGUAAACUAUUGUACAACACCAUCCAUGCAUUCUUACAACGACGCUUGCCGUAUUACCGAAAACAGCGCAAUGUAACACGAUAUGAG